AUGUAUCCAGCGGAACUCUUCCAGAACUUAACUCCGCGUUAUGAAGCUCACCAGAAUAUAUUCGUAUCACUCCGAGCUCAGCCGUGCAGCAACGUCCAUUCCGUGCUUGAAGAUGAGCGUUGUCUAUUCGUUCGGGAAACCGAAGAGUGUCGUGAAUCGAUGCACUACAUCGAUUAUAUGCAUUUUGUGUACUGCAUCGUGGACAGCUCUAACUUCGCUCUCUUCACAUCGGCCAUUAUUGCUUUGCUCCUAUUCGCGGUGUGUCUUGGAACGGUGAUACACCAGCUCUGCGUAAAUCGCUACGUCGAUAGUGUGCUGUAUGUGGCCAAAGCAUGGCGUUUGAAUGAAUACAUCGCCGGUGUUACACUGCUCACGUACGGCAACGGCUUGGCACAAGUGCUGUCGGAGCUGAAGCACCACACAUCGGGCGACACCGAGUUGAUCUACAAUCAGUACCUUGGAACGGCCGUCUAUCAGGUUUCGUUCCUUGCGCCACUCGUCAUCUGGCUGGGACCGUUUGCCAUCUAUCCGGAGGUGGUCGUUCCGAACCUCAUUAGUCUGUUGAUCGUUUCCGUGCUGGUGGAAGAGUUCAUGUACGAUGAACAGGUGGGCAUCUUUCAAACGAUCGCCUUGGGUGUGCUUUAUGUAGCAUUUCUUGGUGCUCUGUACACAGUCGCCCUGAUGAUGGAUCGUGAGGGUAAUCGAUCACGAAGUCAGAUAGCGAUACGAGACGUCGGUGGGAAACUUGUGGACAUAAGGCUCACAGAAACGGUAUCAAAUGUGGAAGGCGAUCAAAGUGUCAGUUGGUUGGAACGUACCUGGCAAACGGUGAGGCCGUUCCGAGGCGAAGAUUAUCGUAAUGCCAGUUGGUACGGGAAGUUAUACCUCAUCUGUAGCAUCCCUGUGGAGGUUAUUGCGAUUCUGCUAUUACCAAAGGUGAACUAUGCCUUGCCCUUACGCGGAUGGAACAAGACUCUGUUUGCAAUCAAUUUAAUCUUGUUUCCCCUGUUCUUCAUCUGCACUGCUCUUGUUGAUAUGCUUUCCAGUACUCAUCUUGGGUGGAUUUGUUUGGGAAGCAUCGUAACCACUUCCAGCAUGAGUGUCAUCCUCUGCGCCAUCUCUCAAGAAGAUCGGAAGCCAUCUUUUUUUAACUGCAUUGGGCUGCUAACCAUUUUUGGAACGUCCUACCUGAUCAUGCUUCUAUCCUACGAGCUGAUUGCCAUCUUGGAAACAUUAUCCAUCAUCGCAAACAUCUCCCCAGCUUCGUUUGUCAUAACCAUACUCUCCUGGGGCAGCUGUUGGAUUGAUUUAGUCACAUUAAGGACGCUCGCCAUGCGUGGUUAUCCCCGAUUAGCUUUCGCUGCCUGUAUAGGUGCUCCCGUUUUCAAUAUUUUAAUCGGACUGUGCACCGUAUUUUGCGUGCAAAUGAUAAGAACGGGCUCCACCACGAUUCACGUUCGCGAUGGUACAUCAGGGCCCACCUGUGCCGUGUAUCUUUGCAUGGUUUCGUUCACACUUUUACUGUCGGUACUGUUCACACGGUUUCAGGCACGGAAAAGCCUUGCUCUCAGCUUGACGGUGCUUUAUGUCACGUUCAUCGCGUACGUCGUGUUCUGUGAGAUGGAAAUAACCCACGGUUACGGAACGGAUCACAACGAUGAUGGGGAAUAUUUCCAGGACCGUGUACUCCACCAUGAAGCUAAUAAAUGA